AUGGUUAACAUGACGGUCUUUUUUUCCGAUCUCCAGGCCGGACGUUCCUCCUCCACCGUCCAAGUCCGUCUGCUUCGCUACUGGGAAGCCAGGAACUUCCGCCGUGGUGGAGAGCUCAUGGGUGUGGACAUGCUCCUCUUGGAUUCCCAGGCUGUUGGCAUCCAUAAGCAGCUGGAGAGGAUGGUAGUUGAUCCUAGAGUCAUCGUUGCAACCAGUGUGAAUCCAAAAAUGGUUGGAGGUCGGCUCUUCUUAAACGCCACGUCUGGGACACAUAUCUAUUUCGACAAGGAAACGAGUGCAGGGGAACAGUUGUUCUACAGGAGGCUGAUUUUAUUUGUGCCGGUGACGUCACUGGAAUCAAGUUCGACAAGGGUUGGUGCUAUGUCUCCUGUUCGAAGUGUUUCAAGAAACUGCAGCGCUCUGAUUCGUCCUUGGCGUGUUUACCUUGCAACAACACCAACGCAGUUGGCGUCCUCCGGUAUCUCUCUGUUUAAACUAGCUUCGAAUUUUACGGCCAACAUGGCAUAUCAUGAUAAUAUAAAACUUCGGUCCGUAGUUACCGUGUGGAGAUGUCAAUUGCAGACAAAACUGGAGAAGGGUUGUUUGUUGGAUUCGAUGGGGGUGAUGGCGAAGCUUUUCAACAUGAGAGCCCAAGAUGCUGCGACUGUACUGGUCGGUGGGGGUGACAUACCGGAGGAGACUGACUUCCCUCAGUUUGUCAAAGAAAUGGUGGGAAAGUCGUUCACCUUUCAAGUGAAAGUAGGACCCUAUAACUUCACUUCAAACCAUCAGAGUUUCAUUAUCACCAGGAUCCUCCGCGAGGGUGAACGUGAGCCACGCCCUGAUUUUGUUGAUGAAAGUGAUGAUGGUGGCAAGGACGAUGCGAGUCACGGUACUGGCUGUGUGAGCAGUGAGAUGGAAGUUGGUGGAGGUAGCAGAAGUGGAGGAUCUGCUACUGUGAGUAGGCCAGUGAAGAAGGCAAGGAAGGUGUAG